CACUCCACCUCAGCCAAUCAGAAGAGCGCUUACUGGUCGUAGCAGCAACGGACACGCGUUUCAACUUUCAACAGGACGCACAGGCAUCAAAACAUUAGAGGCUUUAAAAUGAUGAAUUUGGGUGAUGGCCUGUUGUUUGAGCUGGACAAUGGCAAGCCCAGGCUUGUGCUGGCUAAAUAUGGUGCUGAAUCGAAGUCUUUUAAUAAGAAGGGCUCUUGUCGGAUUCCUCCAAGAAAACCAACACACAAAAUCAUCAACCCCAAACAAGGUCCUCCUCAACCAGACAGAGCCGAACAGGAGAAAAGAAUGUUUGUGAGCGGCUGCAGGCAGGUCCAGCAUCCUCCUCAAAGCACUGAACGGCAGCAGGCCAUCCUGAAGGGUCUGUGCGAGCUGAGACAGGGUCUGCUGCAGAGACAAAGAGAGCUUGAAACCAGUCUAAACCCUGCACUGCAAACAACACAGGAACUACUUCUCUCCUUUCAGACCUGUGUGAUCCAGAGCUGCUUCCAAAAACAAGACCAAACCUGGUCCAGCACUUUAUACUGUAAGAUGUGAAUGCAGCUAUAAACCAAGAUGUUGCUGUCUGACAUUUGACUUAAGAGUGUCUAACAGAUACUCCAUUCAUUUAUCAAGGACUGUAGAUGUGUAACUGCAAAUCUUGAAUGUGAUGAAUGACUAAAUUUUAUGGCUUGAAUGUGAAUUUUACAGUUUCCCUACAUGUGAAUUAAAUGUAUUUAAACGCUUUUAAAUUAAA